UAGUUCUUUGAGGACACAUUUAUGAGCGAUCCACUUCCGCAUGCACCAUGCCGACAGAUACGAAGCGGGUUCGUGGUCCGGACGUUUCUCAGAGCCCCGUGCUGCUCGGGUACAAACCCGCUGCGGUUCUAGCCUCGCGUGGGCCCCGAGAAGACGGUCGGCAGCGGGACCAAGUUGACGUCCGGCCGGUCUUCGUCCGCUGCGGCCUGGUGAGUCAAGCUAAAGGUUCCGCUUACAUCGAAGCUGGAAACACGAAGCUGAUCAGCUGCGUUUACGGACCCCGAGAAACCGAUCGGAAAGACGAGACCGAUAUGAAAAGUGGGAGGCUGACCACUGAUGUGCGUUUCGCCCCUUUUUCCUGCCCAGAGAGGGUCCCGUGGAUCCAGGGCAGCCAGGACAAGGACCUGUCUCUGAUGCUGCACGAGAGCCUGCAGCCGGCCGUGUGCCUCCAGAGAUACCCGCGCUCUCAGAUCGACGUCAGCGUGAUGGUUCUGGAGAACAGCGGCUCAGCCCUGGCCCACGCCGUCACCUGUGCCUCCCUCGCGCUCGCGGAUGCGGGGAUUGAGAUGUACGACUUGGUGCUCGGAUGUUCCCUCCAGCAGGUUGGGAGCUCCUACGUGGUCGACCCGUCCUACCUGGAGGAGAACGGCUGGAGGUGUAACAGCAGCGAGAGCCGGGGCGGGCUCACAGUGGCCUUCCUGCCCAGUCUGAACCAGAUUUCUGGGCUGCAGUCCGACGGUGAGAUGUCUGAGGAGACCCUGACUGCGGGGGUUCGGACCUGCAUCGAAGGAUGCUACAAACUUUACCCGGUUAUCCAAAAGGUCUUGACCAAAGCGGUCCGCCGGGCGGCGCCCCCGUCUGAGACCUGAGAGACGCUCCAACAGCUCAGCGUUUGACGAGUUUAAUAUGUAAUAAAAUAGCUAACUUUG